CCGCCGUUGGAAUCUGCCCGAUCGGGCGUCGCUUCAGGUUCAGUCUCUCUCUCUCUCUCUCGGGGAGGCAGCCGGCGCCAGCACCGCUUCUCUUCUGGGCUCCUCGUAGGCGAAAAAGCCCACAACGUCCGAUUUCCAGCAUGGAAGUGACCGUGGAUGACAUCAUGGUCCACGUCUCAGCCGAGCAGGAGCACGCCUCGCCCGACUACAUGGACAUCAGGGACGGGGACAAACGCAGCCGCUCCUCUUCCUCCUCAUCUUCAUCCUCAUCCUCAUCCAACCGUGAGGACGAGGAGAAAGCCCGAGAGAAGACGGAGGAGGAGGAGGCGGCCGAGGAGCUGAUGGAGAUGAAGGCUGCCGUCCAGGAGGCCAAAGCGGAGGAGGCGAUCGGCGCAUCCAGACGCUCCUCAUCCUCCUCCUCUUCGUCCUCCCCGGAGGAGGACAACGCCGAGGACGGGAUGCUGAUGGCCUACAAGCACCAAAAGUCUGACUCCAAAGAGGACGAGGCGGUGAACUACGCCAUCAAGACUCUGGAAAACGUCACCCUGGACCCGAGUGCCCUCGCGCCGGUCGAGCCCGGUCAUCCCGAGGUCUCGCUAUUUGUCAAGGCGGGCAGCGACGGCGAGAGUAUUGGCAACUGUCCGUUUUCUCAGCGCCUCUUCAUGAUCUUGUGGCUCAAAGGCGUCGUCUUCAACGUCACCACCGUGGACCUCAAGAGGAAGCCGGCGGACCUCAACAACCUGGCGCCCGGCACCCAUCCGCCGUUCCUCACCUACGACGGAGACGUCAAGACGGACAUCAACAAGAUCGAAGAGUUCCUCGAGGAAAUGCUGGCGCCGCCCAAGUAUCCCAAACUGGCAGCCAAGCAGAGAGAGUCCAACACGGCCGGCAACGACAUCUUCGCAAAGUUCUCCGCCUUCAUCAAGAACACCAAAAUGGACGCCAACGACGCCCUGGAAAACGCGCUGACGAGGGCCCUGAAGAAGCUGGACGACUACCUGAACAGUCCGCUGCCUGACGAGAUCGACGCCAACAGCGCGGAGGAGGAAAAGGCGUCCAGAAGAAACUUUCUGGACGGAAACCAGCUGACGCUGGCCGACUGCAACCUGCUGCCCAAACUGCACAUCGUCAAGGUGGUGGCCAAGAAGUACCGGAACUACGACAUCCCCUCGGACAUGACGGCGAUCUGGCGCUACCUGAAGAACGCCGCCGCCCGCGACGAGUUCAACAACACGUGCGCCGCCGACUCCGAGAUCGAGAUGGCCUACAAGGACGUGGCCAAGAGGCUCGCCAAGUAGCCGCAACCUUCCUUUUUACCCUCGGCCCUCCAGAGAUUUAUUAGUUUAAGGAUGCUCAAAGGCGCUCAGAUGUGACCGACGCUCCCGAUCCUGCUGUCUGUAUUUAUUCCUCGUGACACAAAGCUCCCUUUCACAUGUGCUGCAAAGCUUUGACUCACAGGCGCGUCGAGGCCGGUAGAUUUAUUUAUCCCCACGCCCGUGGCCGUCUCGCCUGACGCCGAUGUUUAUUAUUGAGCUCCCGCUGCGCCUCGUCCUCCCCCGGGACGGCGCCUACGAGCCGUCAACGUUAAUGUUCCUCUUGGUCCUCAUUAAACUCCGCUUGUUCUGCCUCCUCACGCUUUCUUUUCGCUCUUACGCCAAAGAUUGAAAUACAGCGAGUAUGGCGAGGGAUACGUUGCGGACCCACCAGUCGUCUGUCAAAUACACAAACCGUAUGACAAAUUGGGUCAAGCGACUGGGGGCCCAGGUCAAAUUUAGAUUUCUUAAAUCGGUUGACUUGAUCCCAUUGCCAGCACGACAUGUUUGACCCAUCUAUGCUUUUUCCUCUCUAAUGAAAGUACAUUCAGAGCACACUGGGGGUUUAUUUCCGCAACAUUCCAAAUCGUAAAACAUUCAGUGGGGGGGGGGGGGGGGGAUAACAAAUAUCGUCUAAAAGUAAUAAAAAGAAAGAAGUUUCAUCUGGUUUAUUUUUAGUUUCUACUACAAAGAUAACUUUCAGCAAAAGAACAACGGAAACAAAAAAAGAUACACAAAAUAACUCAAGAUGUACAAAAACAGUAUUAAAUAAAAUUAACAUUCAAAUGUAAACCCAAAAAAUGAUGUAACUCAACAGGUAUCUGAAACUGUGAUUAAACUGGUAUAAAAAAUAAUAAUAAAAAUACAGCGGUGCUUUGAGAUAUGAGUUUAAUUCGUUCCGUGACCAGGCUCGUAACUCAAAACUCAAAUCAUUUUUCCCUGUUGGAAUGAAUGGAAAUGAAAAUCCUCCUAAAAAAUAAAUAAAAAUAAAAUAAAAUAAAAUGUUUUUUUUAAAUAAGGAAAAUAACACUAUAAUAUUGGACUUUAUAAAAAGCAAUUACAUCACUGAAUAGAAUGUAAAGCGUUAAACAGUCUUUGCCACAUUUUUUGCUUCAUUCCAAUAGACACUGCUGUUCAUUCUGUUGUACCCACCUUGGCCACCAGGAGGCAGUAUUAUACUGACACUGUACAUGGAGCCAGUCUCAGCUCCUCAGCCACAGUAGUAGUAAUCAUUCUUCGCAGAGGAUAAAGAAUAUAUGCCUGUGAGUAUUGUCAUACUGUCUGUUUACAUGUGUUGCUGCACAAUUUGUGUUGAAAUAUCCGUUGCUUAAAGCAUAAUACCGCAACAUAGGUAUUUGGUUAGCCAGUCUAUGGUGUUUCCCAUUAUGUGUUAGCAUUAAGCUAGUGGGGGCAUUCUUAAGGCAAAGUUGUUUGGUUGUUUUAAAUACACAAUGUGUAAUUCUUUUUGUGUUAUGAUUAGUUUGACAUAAACUUCAACUUGGUGUGGCAAUAAAUAAAAAGAAUUCAAAUA